AUGGACUCACCUUUACCUCCCAUUGCUAUCGACCCAGUAGCUUUGGUGACUACAGAAUGCAUUACCGUCACGUCCUCGAUGCGCAAACAUGCCCGGUGGGCACACUCCUCCGUCUCCGCUAUCUUGGGCGGCAAUGGAGCAUCUCGCGUCUAUGAACGGGAUACAUCUGCUCCCCCAAGUCCCAAUCCCCGCAGGACUGGUCAACCGACACCUCAGGGCGACGAUGAUCAUGUCCUGGCUAAUCGUUGGGGUCUACGGGGGAAGAAAGGGAAGAGCAUGCAGGACAAUCCAUUGAUAUCGGCCUUCACGCGACUAAGAAGUGAUCUCAAAGAUUGCAAAGACAUCACAACUUUUGAUACCCCAGCUUUACUUCAUCCAUUUUUACAGGUCGUCCGCUCCUCAUCGACCUCCGCCGCAAUUACUUCCACCGCCUUGGUCGCCAUCACCAAGUUCUUUUCAUACAACAUCAUCAACCCAAGCUCUCCGCGGCUCUCAAUAGCAAUGCAAUUGCUCUCCGCCGCCAUUACACACUGUCGAUUCGAAGCGAGCGACUCCUCAGCGGACGAGAUUGUCCUAUUGAGGAUCCUAAAGCUGAUGGAAGGCAUACUUUCACGACCCGAGGGCGAGUUGUUGGGCGACGAGAGCGUGUGUGAAAUGAUGGAAACGGGACUAAGCAUGUGCUGUCAAGGGCGCCUCUCAGAGGUCCUGCGGAGAUCCGCCGAAAUGGCCAUGGUCAAAAUGUGCCAGGUGAUAUUCAUGCGACUAUCGCACCUUGAUGCAGACAUGCCCCCAGGGCCAGAUCCAUUUGCGGGCGAGGAUAAGAAAAAUGAUGCAUUAUCUCGAUUGAAGAUGGACCCGUCAGUCAACGGGGACACCGUCACAUCGCAGCAUCUGUCAGCCAUCAGUGCAGAUACAUCAGCAGCCGAACGGCACAGCACCAGCCGGGAGGGAACACCCGAUCAGUCUGGUAAUGGUAGCGCUGCAGCUGCACCCCCGAGUCCAAACGAUGAUCCCGAGUCCGAGAUCCAGCCUUAUUCGUUGCCAUCUAUAAGAGAAUUGUUCCGUGUCUUGAUCGACCUGUUAGAUCCCCAUAACCGACAGCAUACCGAUGCUAUGAGAGUCAUGGCACUUCGUAUCAUUGAUGUUGCCUUGGAGGUAGCGGGACCCUCGAUUGCCCGACACCCCAGUUUGGCUGCCUUGGCCAAGGACGACCUUUGUCGAUACCUCUUCCAAUUGGUCAGGUCAGAGCACAUCGCCAUACUAACCGGCUCGUUGAGAGUUGCUGGCACAUUAUUGUCAACUUGCCGACCAGUCCUGAAGCUACAGCAAGAACUCUAUAUCUCAUAUCUCGUGGCCUGUCUGCAUCCUCGCGUGGAAAUACCGCGAGAGCCUGGCAUUGACCCCUCGCUUUACGAGGGCAUCCCCCAAUCACCAAAGUUGGUCAAACAACCAGCCUCUCAAACCAACAGCGGAAGAUCCACACCUGUUCCUGUCAAGGACCGCCAAAAGCUAGGACUCGAAGGUGGAUCGAGAAGACCCGAAGCCCGAGAAGCUAUGGUAGAAAGUAUUGGCGUUCUGUCACGGAUACCUAGCUUUAUGGUUGAGCUUUUCGUCAAUUACGAUUGUGAAGUAGACCGAGCGGAUCUCUGCGAGGAUAUGAUCGGACUUCUCUCUCGCAACGCUUUCCCAGACUCCGCGACCUGGAGUACUACGAAUGUACCUCCAUUAUGUCUUGAUGCUCUGUUGGGUUAUGUGCAAUUUGUUUACGACCGGCUGGACGAUGAGCCGGUACAAGGAGACUAUCCCGCCCAAGAAAGCCUACGGAAACAACGCCAGACGAAAAAGCUCAUCAUCAAAGGCGCUCAGAUUUUCAAUGAGGACCCCAAAAAGGGAAUCGCCUUCCUCACAGGCCAUGGUGUUAUCGAGGAUGCGAAGAACCCCGUGCUGGUGGCUAAAUUCCUCAAAGGAACAUCACGUCUAUCAAAGAAAGUUCUCGGAGAGUACAUCUCCAAGCGUGGCAAUGAGGAGUUACUGGGUGCCUUCGUGGACUUGCUUGACUUCUCAGGGCGCAAUGCGGUUGAAGCGCUUCGAGAGCUACUUAGUUCGUUCCGUUUACCUGGUGAAUCGCCUCUUAUCGAGCGAAUUGUCACGAUUUUCUCGGAGCAUUACGUGGAAAAAGUUAAACCUGAAGGCAUUGCCGACAAAGAUGCCUUGUAUAUCUUGACUUAUGCCAUCAUCAUGCUGAACACCGACUCUUAUAAUCCUAAUGUCAAGGCACAAAAUCGCAUGACCUUCACCAGUUUCGCAAGGAACUUGCGCGGUGUCAAUGCCGGAGGAGAUUUCGCAGAGGAGUUCCUCCAAGAAAUCUACGAUUCUAUCAAGAACAACGAGAUCAUCUUGCCCGACGAGCACGAGAAUAAACACGCUUUCGAUUAUGCUUGGAAAGAACUAUUGUUGAAGUCUUCAUCUGCUGGCGAUGUUAUAAUUGGAGAAACUAACGUGUUUGAUGCUGAGAUGUUCGAGGCUACAUGGAAACCGGUGAUCGCGACCCUCUCAUAUGUCUUCAUGUCAGCAUCGGAUGACGCCGUGUAUUCUCGCGUGGUCAACGGGUUUGAUCAAUGCGCACAGAUUGCAGCCCAUUAUAACUUGACUGAGGCGUUUGAUCGCAUCGUGUUUUCUCUCGCAUCGAUUAGCACUCUAUCUACUCCCAAGCCUCCGAGCACAGCACUGAACACAGAGGUUCAAGCAGGCCAGAAGAGCGUGAUGGUGAGCGAGUUAGCAGUCAAAUUUGGCAGAGAUUUCAGAGCACAAUUGGCCACUGUGGUGUUGUUCCGAGUCCUUGCAACAAAUGAGGCCACUGUUAAGGAAGGCUGGGAACACAUUGUACGCAUAUUGAGCAAUUUGUUCAUCAAUUCUCUCAUUCCUCCAUUCGAUGCCCAGCUCACGUCCGAGCUCGAAAUUUCUCCCAUUCCCUUGCAGCCCCCAUCGCAAGUGGUUGAUCGGGAUGGACGCAACAAUGACACGGGCAUAUUGUCUGCAUUUACAUCUUAUCUUUCAAGUUAUGCAGCAGACGACCCACCGGAGCCUUCAGAUGAGGAACUUGACAACACACUUUGCACCGUUGAUUGCGUAACAGCGUGCUCGAUACCCGAUAUUCUAAAGAACAUCAAAUCACUUCCUUUGUCUUCUCUGGAGAUGCUUGUUGAGGCUUUGCUGUCUCUACUUCCCGAAGAAAACGCACCGGCAGUCAUAGUUGUGAAAUCUGAGAGGCCGACACCGUCGUCAAGAAUUUCGAACAACAGAGUUGACCCUAACCAACCAAAAUACGACCCUUCAACUAUCUUUGUCCUGGAACUGGCCACUGUGCUCACUCUCCGGGAUGAAAAGACCUUAGAGGUGCUUGGAGAAAAUUUGGCAACAACGCUCCAAACAUUGGUGCGCGAUGCGAAAAAUCUUCACCCACUGACUGUAUCCCGCGUCGUUUCUUACCUGCUCAAUUUGCUGCGACUCAGCCAUGAUCAACACUUCAUGCGGGUACCCGUUGUGCUCCACGCUAUUUCUGGAUUCGAUCAGGAUAUCUUGGAAACCGUGGCUACAGCUACUGUGAAGGGUCUUGCUAGGUGCAUUGCCCACACUGGUCGUCUCAGAAAUGAGAUCACUAUCUCUCCCGACUUCUGGUCGAUCUUGCAAAGACUUCACCAACAUGAGGCGGUUGCAUCUCUCGUAUUCGAUCUCCUCCAAAGCAUUGUCGAGUCAAUGCCCGACAUUAUCACCGCCGAUAACUACGAAUUCGUAGUCAGCUUGGCCAAUGACUUUGUCAGUGCUGGGCGUGUGGGAUCUAUCGAAGAACGACACAGGGAUGCUCAGGCCCGCCGUAAUAAGAACCUCAAACAGUCCAAGCCUAGUGAGAACCAAGUUGUUACUCGCGGCGUGAAAGCAAUUGGUCUGAUCUAUCAUCUGACCGGACGGGUUCCCGCUUUAAUUAAACAAUCCCACCUUGAGGAGAACGAAGCCUGGGCCGCCUACUGGUCACCUAUCUUCCAGUCCUUGACCAGCCAAUGCAUCAAUCCGUGUCGCGACAUCCGACACCACGCAAUCUCCACGCUACAGCGAUCUCUUCUAUCCGCCGAACUGAUCUCAAGCGACGAUAAUGAGUGGACUAGCAUUUUCGACGAAGUUUUAUUCCCGCUUGUGCUACUCCUUCUGAAGCCCGAGGUCUACCACUCCGACCCUGUCGGUAUGAGCGAGACUCGAUUCCAGGCUGCAACAUUGGUCUGCAAGAUCUUCCUGCGAUUCCUUGAUCAACUACCCAACCGGACGGGUAUGCUUCCUCUCUGGCUCAGGAUCCUAGAUAUCCUCGACCGCAUGAUGAACAGCGGUCAAGGCGACAGUCUUGCCGAAGCAGUCCCCGAAAGCUUGAAGAAUAUCCUGCUAGUCAUGGCCGACGGAGGCUACCUCGUGCCUCCAUCUCAAGAUCCGAGCAAAGAGGAAAUCUGGAUCGAAACCCGCAAGCGCCUCGGCCGCUUCUUGCCCGAUCUGUUUUCAGAGAUCUUCCCCGAUGCUCCCAAGGACUCGGAAAAGUCUCGACCGGGCACUGCUGUAUCCUCUCCGGUACUGGCCACUGAGGUAGAGCAGAAGAGCGAAGAGACUGCCACUUCGCAGGAUAAUCCUGAGAAAGAGGAGGCUGCGGUCGCAGAUAGCGAGAUACAGCCUGCUUCGCAGGAGGCUGAGGAAGGUACCUCGUAA